CGUUGAUUGGUGGCACCUCAGAGAAGUCGCGUUUUAAUUGGGUCGCUGUCAGGUGUCUCUGCCGGCAGGUUCGGCUGCGCGAGCUCAGGGAGGCGGGAAUCAACAGUAGUCUUCCAUGAGGAACUGCCUUUCCCAUUUGCUGCUGGAGUUACUGGUGUUUCCUGCUGGCAGAAUCGGGGACAUGCCAGCACUAGCGGGAUGAGUGGGUGCUCCGGCGGGGAUGUGGUCAUUGCCGGCCAGUGAGGGCCCGAGCGCCACAGCCCACUUCUUCCUUGGAGCUGGAGAUGAGGGGCUGGGCACCCGUGGAAUAGGCAUGAGGACAGAAGAGAGUGACAGCGAUCUCCUUGAGGAUGAGGAGGAUGAAGUGCCUCCUGAACCUCAGAUCAUUGUUGGCAUCUGUGCCAUGACCAAGAAAUCCAAGUCCAAGCCAAUGACCCAAAUUCUAGAGCGACUUUGCAGAUUUGACUACCUGACCGUUAUCAUCCUGGGAGAAGAUGUGAUCCUCAAUGAACCUGUGGAAAACUGGCCAUCCUGCCACUGCCUCAUCUCCUUCCACUCCAAAGGAUUUCCUCUGGACAAAGCUGUUGCUUACUCCAACCUUCGAAACCCCUUUCUUAUCAAUGACCUGGCUAUGCAGUAUUACAUCCAGGAUAGGAGGGAGGUGUACCGGAUUCUGCAGGAGGAGGGUAUUGAUCUGCCUCGAUAUGCUGUGCUCAACCGUGACCCUGCCCGGCCUGAGGAGUGCAACCUGAUAGAAGGUGAGGACCAGGUAGAAGUAAAUGGAGCUGUCUUUCCCAAGCCCUUUGUGGAGAAGCCAGUGAGUGCAGAGGACCACAAUGUUUACAUCUACUACCCCAGCUCAGCUGGAGGAGGAAGCCAGCGCCUCUUCCGUAAGAUUGGCAGCCGAAGCAGCGUUUACUCUCCUGAGAGCAGCGUCCGAAAGACAGGGUCAUACAUCUAUGAGGAGUUUAUGCCAACAGAUGGCACGGAUGUCAAGGUGUAUACAGUGGGGCCAGACUAUGCCCAUGCUGAAGCCAGAAAAUCUCCAGCUUUGGAUGGGAAGGUCGAACGAGACAGUGAAGGGAAAGAGAUUCGAUAUCCAGUUAUGCUGACCGCCAUGGAAAAGCUGGUGGCCCGGAAAGUCUGCGUAGCUUUUAAGCAAACGGUUUGUGGUUUUGACCUUCUUCGUGCCAAUGGUCACUCCUUUGUGUGUGAUGUCAAUGGCUUCAGUUUUGUCAAGAAUUCAAUGAAAUACUAUGAUGACUGUGCCAAGAUUUUGGGGAACACCAUAAUGCGGGAGCUUGCCCCACAGUUCCAGAUCCCAUGGUCUAUCCCCACAGAGGCUGAGGACAUCCCCAUUGUCCCUACCACAUCUGGAACCAUGAUGGAACUUCGUUGCGUCAUUGCAAUUAUCCGUCAUGGGGAUCGUACCCCCAAGCAGAAGAUGAAGAUGGAGGUGACACACCCAAGGUUUUUUAGUCUAUUUGAAAAACACAGUGGCUAUAAGACAGGGAAGUUAAAGCUAAAGCGGCCUGAGCAGCUACAGGAGGUGCUGGACAUCACAAGGCUGCUAUUGGCUGAACUGGAGAAAGAACCAGGUGGUGAGAUUGAGGAGAAGACUGGGAAACUAGAGCAGCUGAAAUCUGUGCUGGAGAUGUAUGGUCACUUCUCAGGCAUCAACCGGAAGGUGCAGCUGACUUACUACCCUCAUGGAGUAAAAGCUUCUAAUGAAAGGCAAGACCAACAGAGGGAGGCUCUGGCCCCAUCUCUAUUGCUGGUACUGAAAUGGGGUGGAGAACUGACUCCCGCAGGCCGUGUUCAGGCUGAGGAGCUGGGGCGAGCUUUUCGCUGCAUGUACCCUGGAGGACAGGGUGACUAUGCUGGCUUCCCUGGUUGUGGGCUGCUUCGUCUCCAUAGCACUUUCCGCCAUGAUCUCAAAAUCUAUGCCUCUGAUGAGGGCCGUGUCCAGAUGACCGCUGCUGCCUUUGCCAAGGGCCUUCUGGCUCUAGAAGGGGAACUGACACCCAUUUUGGUACAAAUGGUGAAGAGUGCCAACAUGAAUGGGCUCCUGGACAGCGAUGGUGAUUCCUUGAGCAGCUGCCAGCACCGGGUAAAGGCUCGGCUGCACCAUAUUUUGCAGCAGGAUACAUCCUUUGGCCCUAAGGAUUAUGAUCAGCUGGCCCCCACUGGAAGUACUUCCCUACUCAACUCCAUGGCUAUUAUCCAAAAUCCUGUGCAGGUCUGUGAUCAGGUAUUUUCCCUGAUUGAAAACCUCACUCAACAGAUCCAGGAACGGAUGCAGGACCCCAAGUCUGCAGACCUGCAACUCUACCACAGUGAGACACUAGAGCUAAUGCUACAGCGUUGGAGCAAGCUGGAGCGUGACUUUCGACAGAAGAGUGGGCGCUAUGAUAUCAGUAAGAUCCCUGACAUCUAUGACUGUGUCAAGUAUGAUGUGCAGCACAAUGGGAGUCUGGGACUUCAAGGCACAGCAGAGUUGCUACAUCUCUCUAAGGCACUGGCUGAUGUUGUCAUUCCCCAGGAGUAUGGGAUCAGUCGGGAGGAGAAACUGGAGAUUGCAGUGGGCUUCUGUCUUCCACUGUUGCGGAAGAUACUACUUGACCUUCAGAGAACCCACGAGGAUGAGUCUGUCAACAAGCUGCAUCCCCUGUAUUCCCGAGGAGUGCUCUCACCAGGCCGCCAUGUUCGCACACGUCUCUAUUUCACCAGUGAAAGCCACGUCCACUCCCUACUCAGUGUCUUCCGUUAUGGGGGACUUCUUGAUGAGACCCAGGAUAAACAAUGGCAACGGGCCUUGGCUUAUCUUAGCGCCAUCUCAGAGCUCAACUACAUGACCCAGAUUGUCAUCAUGCUUUAUGAGGACAACACACGGGACACCUUGUCAGAGGAGCGGUUCCAUGUAGAGCUGCACUUCAGCCCUGGAGUGAAAGGUGUUGAGGAAGAAGGCAGUGCCCCAACUGGCUGUGGAUUCCGUCCAGCCUCUUCUGAGAAUGAAGAGCUGAAAACAGACCAAGGCAGUAUGGAGAACCUUUGCCCAGGGAAGGCAUCAGAUGAACCGGACCGGGCACUGCAGAGUUCACCCCAGCCUACUGAGGGGCCUGGCCUCCCAAGGAGAUCACCCCUCAUUCGUAACCGAAAAGCUGGCUCCAUGGAGGUCAUGAACAUGCAGUGCACGGGGAACCUGGACCUGAUCCCCUUGCAGGGAUGGCGCCGCCGGAGGUCAGGAGACCUCCCCCGGCCUUCCCCAGCCAUCGAUCUUCAGCCCCAGGCUGUAUCCACAACUCACUUGGCAUCGUGCACACAGGUGCUUUCUGAGACUUCAUCCUCCAGGCCUGGUGGCUACCGGCUCUUCUCAUCUUCACGGCCACCGACGGAGAUGAAGCAGAGUGGCCUAGGCUCACAGUGUACAGGGCUGUUCAGCACCACAGUGCUGGGUGGCUCCUCCAGCGCCCCGAACCUUCAGGACUACGCCCGCAGCCAUGGCAAAAAGCUACCACCUGCCAGUCUGAAGCACCGAGAUGAGCUCUUGUUUGUCCCGGCCGUAAAACGAUUUUCUGUGUCAUUUGCAAAGCAUCCGACUAACGAGCUGCUGGAUGACCAGCACCCUGUGGUCCGGUUGCUGCGCAGUUUUUCCUCUGACUGCCCAGGGGGCCGGCCAGUCUCCUUGGAUGCCACGCUGGCGCAUCACCUGCACCAGUGCUCCUACCACCUGCGCCUCUUCCGGAACUGGCUGCGCUCAGGCCAGGAUGACCCCGAGUGCCUCUACGGAUUUGAAGGGUGCUCCAUGGUGCCUACCAUCUACCCCCUGGAAACACUGCAUAAUGCCCUUUCUUUGCGUCAAGUGAGUGAAUUCCUGAGUAGAGUUUGCCAGCGUCACACUGAUGCCCAAGCACAUGCAUCUGCAGAUCUCUUUGACUCUAUGCACAGCAGCCAAGCCUCAGAUAGCCCAUUCUGCCCACCCCGUACUCUUCAUUCACCUACCUUGCAACUCCGGCAGCGUUGUGAGAAGCCCCCUUGGUACAGCAGUGGUCCUUCCAGCACUGUGUCCAGUGCUGGUCCUUCUUCCCCUACUGCAGUGGAUGGUAACUGCCAAUUUGGCUUCAGUGAGCAACCCUCCCUAAGUUCACAUGUGACCGAAGAACAUCAAGGCCUUGAGCUGUUCCAAGAGAUUCCUGGGAAGGGAGCACAGGAGCUCCUCAUAGAAGGAGAGAAAGAGCCUUUUGAACAAAACCAGUCCCCACAGGAACCACCUGUGGAAACCAGCCAGUCAUGCCAGGAGUUUGCUGAGGAGGUCAGCCAGCCAUGCCAGGAGGCCCUUGAAAUCAGCCAGCCAUGCCAGAAUGCCACCCAACUAUGCCGGAAAAUAUCUGAGGAGGCUUGCCAGCUUUGUCAAGAGAAUCCUGAGAAGGUCAGCCAGCUAUGCCCAGGGGUCCCUGUAGAGAUUGGCAGGCUGGCCCAUCAGCUCCCUGUAGGGAUUAGCCUGGUCCAGGAAAUCCUUGUUGGAGAGCCAGCCCAAGAAAUCCCUGAGGAGCUCAGCCAGCCAUGCCAGGAGUUCUCUGUAGAAGUUGGCAUGCUUGCUCAAGGGGCUUCUGCAAUCAAUCUCUUGCCUCAGCACAACCCUGAGGUUGAUAAGCCAUCUCAAGAGUUCCCUGGGGAGGAUGAUCUGCAGGUCCAGGAAGUCCCUGAAGUUAAUCAGCAGUCCUGGGUGCUCCCUGAGGUGACUGACCAGCUGCCUGGAGAGGAUAUUCCCCAAGCGCAGUAUCCAUCCAGUGAUCCAAACCCUCAGAGCCAGGCUCUAGCCCAUGACCAUCACUCAGCCCUUCCACCAGCAACAUGUGAUUAAUCAUGUUCUCAUUAGUGGUGUCACACUAUACCAGCCAUAUGAGCUAGCAAUUUUUUCUGUUGGCUAACUCACCAGUCAGUGGAAAAAGCCUUGGGUCUCACUAGAGGUCUCUAAGGAAGCAGUCCUCUUGGCAUGAAGCGAAGAGCUAUGUGCGAACUGGGUUUGGGAGGAACAUUAUGAUAAUGGCUCACCUAGCCAUUAGCGUUGAAUAUGGUUUUCAUCACUGGGUGGGCUGGUCUAUCAAUAUCCAACCUCCUCAGCAUCCCAGGAAAUCCCAGAUUGUUAAAGGAAAUGCCACAACUGCUAAAGACUAUAUCCGGAGACAGCAGGUGCAAAAGGGGACUUAAAGGUUUCCACUUUUCUGGGGAAAUAUUCACAACUUCUCAAGGUACCCUUUGACCAUAUGUGCAUUCAGGGGACUCUUGUCUUUGCCAGCACUCCUCAGGUGGGCCCGGGAUGGCUAUCUGAAAUGUCUGGGGAAAAGGAGCUCCCUUCCCAAACAUCCAUCCUGGCCACUAAUCUUUAGACUGGGUUUAUGGGUAUUUCCAUAUCCCCAGAUGCUCCCUUUGCCCCGGUCCUGUUCCUCUGGGCAAUAGCUCUAGGGAAAAAUAGCUAUUAGAUUGCUGUGAAAUUUUCGGAGUAACUACUUAAAAUGCUCUGGGGGUUCUUGGCUGACCUGUGAAGCUGGGCUCCUUCUGUUGUGGAGCUACUUGGCUUAGGAGAUGCUGCAGUAGAAAAAGUCAGGUUCUAUUUUAAGCAAUCAACGGAGAUCAAUAGUGUACAGACAUGAGCAAAGAUAUAUACAACAGAUGCAGAUUGGCCAAAGAUCAAACACUCCAGAGUUCUCAAGAGGUUUGUCGUUGUAGCAUUGUGUCUUUACAGGCAAGUGUGAUUAUGAAGCUUUUCCCAAAGAUAGGGGGUGAGAGGAAAGGUAAUAUGGUCACUGGAGUGGGGGCCGGAACUUUAUGAGUGCUCAAUAAAUAUGAAAUAAUGAGAA